UUCUAGAGAAGCGGAAGAUCCUCGGCAGUAAGACCAAAGCAAACCCCUCAUGCGGGGAACACGUCCACGUCAUACUCCAGCAGGUUGGCCACGCGUGUUUUCCUGCUAACUCGGUGUGAGCAACGGAAACGACACGACCUUGUGGAUGAGGAAAAACUUGCCAUGCCAGUCUUCGGCAAAAGAGAACCGGCAGACAAGAGGGGUUUGUACGAGAGAAUCCGUGGGCCUUCAAAGGAGGAGGUCGAGACUGCUGUGAGAGAGAACUUUGGCCUCAAAGAAGGACGAUAUGUUGAAGCCCGACACUCUGAUCAACAGGAGUCGAUCCAAACGCCAUGCGUGGUCUUUCUGAUCAUUGGAAAAUUUGAUGUGGGCGGAGAGACAUGCGAUGAGGUCUACAAAGGCUAUACCAUUACUGACGAGAGUGCCAUCAAGCUCUGGGCCCAUUCUGCCGUCGUUGUCAUGCCGCUUACUUAGACGACGGGAUUCGUCAUGACCGGGCCCAUC